ACUCGGCCACGCUGCGCAGAACACCUCGCCUUUUGUACUCUUCCGUCUUUGCCCUCGCAUUCGCAUUACGUGUACAGAGGGAGGGGGAAAAAGUCGGUAGCUCAUGGAGAGCUCUUCUCAUAAGCGGGCGCGGGAGGAAGCCGUCCUCGCCGCCGGCGAGGGGGCCUCGCCUGAGAUCGACGCCAAGAGGCUGCGGCCCGAGGACCUGCUCGACAUGCUCGACGAUGACACCGACGCGGCCGCCGCCGACGACCUAGCGUCCGUCAUGCGGAGCCUCGAGGAGGAGAUAGCCAGCUUCGACGAGGAGGCGCCCGCCGCCGAGCUCGUGGCGCCGCCGCAGCCGGAACUGGGGUUCCUGCUCGAGGCCUCGGACGACGAGCUGGGGCUGCCGCCGGCCGGGGCCUCCUCGUCGGAGGAGGCCGGCGCCGGGGGGGCGGGGGUGGCCUUCGGGCUCGACGGACAGAUCUGGGGGUUCGAGGACGAGACAGCUGGGGGCUUUGGUGGCUACGGCGCGUCCUCGCCGGAGGCGGCUGCCGCCAUCGCCGCUGCGGCCGCGGCUGGGUGGGACGACGAGGGCUUCGACGCCGGGCUAUUUGCGUUCGGCGACGAGCCCUCCGGGCCGUCGGAUCUCGCGACGCUCCGUCACGAGACUAUGCCGGCCGUCUGAUGAUGGGCCCGGCCAGCCAGUGGAUUAGCGUUCUCUUCUUUUGUUUUUUACCUGUGGCUAACCUUAGCGUUACCCUUUUUUAACCUUGGUGUAAAGUUUUUAGAAGGGUAAAACAGAGGCAUGGAAACACGGGAAGGUUCGGAGUGCAGGAAAAAGAAUCUGGAAAUGGUUUCCUUUU